UGCGGCCGCUUCACCAUGGCGACGGCCGCCCCGCGGCGCUUCUGCCGCUGCGCCUGCUUCUGCUCCCAGAACUUGUAUGUGGCGCGCUACGGGCUGCAUCUUCGCUUCAGGGACGAGCAGCAGCUGCGCCGUGACUACGGCCCGCUCCUGCGCAGCCGUGGCUGUGUCACCCCCAGGGACUUCCAGCAACUCUUGGAGGAGCUUGAGCAGGAGGUCGGGCGUCGCCGAAGGCUGGGACAGGAAUCAGCUGCCAGGAAGGCUGUCAUCGCCAGCUCUUACCACCCGGCAAGGCCUGAGGUCUACAGCUCACUGCAGGAUGCUGCUCUGGCCCCUGAAUUUAAGGCUGCAGCUGAAUAUAGCGGGUCCCCAGGCGCAGAUCUUGAGGGCCUUCUCCAGCGCCUGGAGACAGUGUCGGAGGAGAAGCGCAUUUAUCGGGUGCCAGUGUUCUCUGCCAAGUUCUGCCAGACCCUGCUGGAGGAGCUGGAGCAUUUUGAGCAGUCGGACAUGCCCAAGGGAAGGCCCAACACCAUGAACAACCACGGGGUCCUGAUGCAUGAGUUAGGCCUAGACGACCCACUGGUGACACCGCUUCGGGAACGCUUCCUGCUGCCGCUGAUGGCCUUGCUGUACCCAGACUGCGGUGGGGGCCACCUCGAUAGCCACCGUGCCUUUGUGGUCAAGUAUGCACUGGGCCAGGACCUGGAGCUGGGCUGUCACUACGAUAACGCCGAGCUCACCCUCAAUGUGGCUCUGGGCAAGGACUUCACAGGGGGUGCCCUAUACUUUGGGGGCUUCUUCCAGGCACCUGAAGCCCUGACGGAGACCCUGGAAGUGGAUCACGUGGUAGGCCAUGGUAUCCUGCACCGUGGCGGCCAGCUGCAUGGGGCCCGGCCCCUGAGCACGGGAGAGCGCUGGAACCUUGUCGUGUGGCUCCGAGCAUCUGCCGUUCGGAAUAGCCUCUGUCCCAUGUGCUGCCAGAAGCCAGACCUGGUGGAUGAUGAGGGUUUCGGUGACGGCUUCACCCGUGAGGAGCCUGCCAUGGUGGAUGUAUGUAUGUUGACUUGAGCCUGGUUUUCCCGGAGUUGUCGGCGCUGUGGCAGCAAAAAACUUGCCAUCUUGGGCAGGGAGGGCAGAAAUAAACUCUGUGGCCACACCAUCGCUCAGGUCAGAAGGACACGCAGACUUCUGGGUCAUUCUUUGGACGGAUGAUCUGUAGUAAGGCAGAGCUGCUGAGAGAUAAGCCUUGCUUGAGUUAAAGUACUGAGGGUCCAGGGCAGGGCAGGCCCAGGAAGAGAAGAAGCCAGGAAAAGACAUGGUUUUCAUCUAGGUUUUCAUCUAAUGACGUCUGGCCUCAGCCUCAGCCCUGGGGAGCUCUGAGUGAGGAGGAAGUCAGUGGCUCAGAGAUGGGACUGGAUAGCAAGGGGGCUGGAGGGGGGCGGGGGUGUCUCAGCAGACAUCUACCUCAGAGAGGGUGGCUCCGGGAACUUAAGUUCACUGCUCUGACUAUCAGCAAUGCUGGAGAGUGGAGGAUGGGGGUCCAGACUUUCUAGCUGGCAUGCCCAGCUGUGCACCUCUGGACUAUCUAGGGCCCUGGUUGUUGUGACUGCCCAAGGAGUUGAUGUUUAUAAAGCACUUUA